CCCGCGGGGAGCGGCGCGGCCUGCGAUGCGACCAUGUUUGUGCAGGAGGAGAAGAUCUUCGCGGCCAGGGUGCUGCGGCUCCGCAUCUGCGCCUUGGACGGCGCCGAGUGGCUGGAGGAGGUGGCCGAAGACACGGCCGUGGAGCGCCUCAAGGAGCGCUGCCUCAAGCACCUUGUACCUGGGAGCCUAGAAGAUCCAAAAACUAUGACGCAUCAUAAAUUGAUACAUGCUGCUUCCGAAAAAGUCCUUACUGACACAAAGACAGUCUUGGAGGAAAAUAUUCAGGACAGAGAUGUGUUGGUGCUGGUGAAGAAAAGAGCCCCCUCUGCCCCUCCCAAAAUGGCCGAUGUUUCAGCGGAGGAAAAACGGAAGCAGGAUCAGAAAGCGCCGGACAGGGAGGCCAUUCUGAAGGCAACGACGAGCCUCCCCUCCCACAGCGUGGACCGCAGCGUGGCACACCACAACAUGCGGGAUUUCCAAACAGAACUUCGGAAGAUCUUGGUCUCGCUCAUCGAAGUCGCCCAGAAACUCUUGGCACUGAACCCUGAUGCGGUCGAGCUCUUUAAGAAAGCGAAUGCCAUGUUGGAUGAGGACGAAGACGACCGUGUGGAUGAAAUCGCCUUGCGGCAGCUGACAGAAAUGGGCUUUCCCGAGACCAGAGCCAACAAAGCCCUUCGUUUAAAUCACAUGUCCGUGACUCAGGCCAUGGAGUGGCUGAUCGAACACGCGGAUGACCCAGCUGUGGAUGCCCCCCUGCCGGGCCAGUCCUCAGUGGACAGCGGGGCAGAAGCAGGGACCUCCGCGGCUGCCCCUGCCCAGCCCGCCAACGGAGCUGACCCGGAGGAAAGCCAGGAAGAGCCCAAGGACGAGUUGACCGAGAUAUUCAAGAAGAUACGGCGGAAAAGAGAAUUUCGUCCUGAUCCACGGGCUGUCAUCGCUUUGAUGGAGAUGGGCUUUGACGAGCGGGAGGUGGUGGACGCGCUCCGAGUGAACAGCAACCAGCAGAACGCUGCGUGUGAAUGGCUCCUGGGGGACCGGAAGCCCACCCCGGAGGACCUUGACAAGGGAAUUGACCCCAGCAGCCCUCUUUUCCAAGCCAUCUUAGAAAACCCAGUGGUACAGUUAGGACUAACCAAUCCUAAAACACUGCUCGCCUUUGAAGAUAUGCUUGAAAACCCUUUAAACAGCACUCAGUGGAUGAACGAUCCAGAAACUGGGCCUGUGAUGCUGCAGAUUUCCCGGAUCUUCCAGACGCUGAACCGCACAUAGGAGGGGAUGGACCUCUCCGCUGUGCCAGUUUGGACUGUUCUUUCGCUGUGUGUCUUGUAAAGAACCAGAGACACCUUCUGCCAAGAGAGAAAUUACGUGAGGGGUGCUUUGCUUUUCUCUGCAUUUUUGGGUAGAUGUUCCAAACUUCUUGUUUCGUUUUGCAGUUUGCAAAUACAGGCUGUGUGACUUGAUUAUAAUUAUUUUUAGUGUUAGAGAAAGAGGAUUUGAAGACAUAGGCGUGUUUUUCUUUUCUUUCAAGUGUUUUGAGAGAAGCACUAGUGCAUCCAAAUACAGGAAAGACUUCCAGAAUUAUUUAAGGAACUGAUCAUUGGUGGAAUGACGGCGUAAUCCCCACUUGUGCUGUUUGGGCUAACUACAGAGGUUCCCACUAGCAAUCGACGUGCCCACAACAGAAACCCCAAGAGAAGAGUUACCUGCAGUCACUGACAAACGAGUAAUGAGCAUGUCGGCUUCUCUUGCCUCAGUUAUGUCUGUUGUGAAAUACAGAGGACUUUUUCAGCUGAUA